AUGGAAAAUCAAAAAUCAAUAGCACUAAUGGCAAAUAAUCCAAAGAAGGAUUGGAAAUCUGGAAAUAAAGCUACCAGAAAACCAGGUAAUUGUUAUUUUUGUAAAUUACCAGGGCAUUGGAAAAGUCAAUGCAGAAAAUACUUAAAAAAUCAAGAAAAUAAGAAAACACACGGAGAAACAAGUAAAAGUGAUGAUGGCAAUGCAUUUAUUACUGGAACAGUGAGUACAAACGAUAGUGAGGAGAGUUGGUUACUUGACUCAGGAGCAUCCGAUCAUAUGUGCGGUAAAAUAAAUUGGUUUUAUAACUACGUAUUAUUUGACGAACCAAUUCAAGUAAGAAUAGGCGAUGGUUCAAUUUUGUUAGCAAAAGGAAAAGAUGACGAAAAGCUAAUUGAAUGUGUCCGGAAUUAUCCUGUUUUGUACAAAUUAAGCGACAAAAAUUAUAAGGAUAAUUCCGUCAAAGAGAACGCCUGGAAAGAAAUUUCACACUUCGUAGGAAAAAAUGUUUAG